UGUGCGGUUUCGCGCUUGCGCAGUCCGUGGGGUCUGACCUUCAACGCAGUCAUCAUGUUCGCCCGCAGCAGCGUCCUGGUGUUCCAGCCACAAUGUGGCCAAAUCAGGUCCAUGGCAACUUUAAAGGACAUUACAAGACGUUUGAAAUCAAUAAAGAACAUUCAGAAAAUCACUAAGUCAAUGAAGAUGGUUGCUGCAGCUAAGUAUUCCAAAGCUGAAAGAGAACUUAAACCUGCACGGGUUUAUGGAAAUAGUGCUUUUGCUUUGUAUGAUAAAGCCGAAAUCAAAUCACCUGAAGAUAAAAAUAAACAUAUUAUAAUUGGAGUAUCUUCUGAUCGUGGGCUUUGUGGUGCCAUCCAUUCCAGUGUUGCAAAGGCUAUCAAGAGUGAAAUUGGAAACCUGACAAGUGUUGGGAAAGAUGUUAUGGUAAUUGGUAUUGGAGACAAGCUAAGAGGACUCCUCCAUAGGACACAUGGCAAGCACUUCCUUUUAAAUUUUAAGGAAGUAGGACGUAAACCACCUACAUUUGGAGAUGCUUCAGUCAUUGCCACUGAACUGCUUAAUUCAGGAUAUGAAUUUGACCAAGGUUCCGUCAUUUUCAACAGAUUUAGAUCUGUUAUCUCUUAUAAGACUGAGGAAAAACCCGUGUUCUCUUUGGAUACCGUAUCAAAUUCUGAAAGUAUAGGUGUUUAUGAUGACAUUGAUGCAGAUGUGUUAAGAAAUUACCAGGAGUUCACUCUGGUUAAUAUUAUUUACUUGAGCCUGAAGGAGUCAACCACCAGUGAACAGAGUGCCAGAAUGACUGCUAUGGACAAUGCCAGCAAGAAUGCAUCUGAAAUGAUUGACAAGCUGACACUGACAUUCAACCGUACUCGUCAAGCUGUUAUCACCAAGGAGCUCAUUGAGAUCAUUUCUGGUGCUGCUGCUUUAUAAUGUGGACUAGGGCCAUUUUCUCCUUAUUGACUGUUAUUUGUCAUUACUGAUCUUCAGAGAAGUACAUAGAAAAUGCUUCAGCUGGUAUAAACUACAUCAAAAUAAAUCUCCUACAAAGAA